AUGCCUACGACUAACAGCCCAGCUCGAAGCUACAGCGCGGAGAAGCUCGAGGUCGAGGCGGUCGAGUAUGCAACCUCGCCAAAGUCGACGACCAGCCCUCCUCCGCCCCUCACGCCAGAGCAGGAGAAACGGCUUUGGCGGAAAGUGGAUAGGAGGAUUCUGCCUAUCCUCACGAUCAUGUAUUUGUGUUCCUUCUUGGAUAGAGGCAACGCGAAGAUACAAGGACUCACAGACCAGCUCAACCUUACUGGUAAUAAAUACAAUAUCGCUCUUACAAUGUAUUUCGUUCCAUACUGUCUCUGCGAAUGUCCCGCCAAUCUGGUUCUAAAGAAGUUCAAACCAUCCAGAAUGCCUGUACUGACGAGGUUGCAGCUCCUAUGGGGAGUCAUCAUGACUCUUAUGGGUCUAGUAAAGACCUAUCCGCAACUCGUCGGGACCCGCAUCUGUCUAGGUAUCACAGAAGCGGGCCUAUUCCCGGGCGUCGUCUACUACUUGACGCUAUGGUAUCCGCGCCACAUGCUACAAUACAGAGUGGGCCUAUUCUACGGCGGGGCAACGAUUGCAGGCGCAUUCUCGGGAAUCCUGGCAUACGGCAUCUCUUUCAUGUCUGGAACAGCGGGUUUACUGGGUUGGUCCUGGAUCUUUAUACUCGAAGGCAUUGCCACCGUGGUGGUCGGAGCAUCGCCUUCUUCGUGUAAACUGAAUGCGCAUUCUGGCAGUCCUGUGGACUUCCCUGACACAGCGACGUUCCUCACGCCUGAGGAGCGUGAAUAUAUCAUAUGGAAGAAAGUGAAAUACGACAACUCCUCUGUUGGAGAGGAAGAGCACUUUCAAAUCCGACACAUUAAGGCGGCGUUCAUGGAUUGGCAAGUAUGGCUGCAGAUCAUGGUAUAUUUUGCCGUGAUCACGCCACUGUACGGGAUUUCACUUUUCCUGCCCUUCGGAUAUGACACCGCCAUCAGCGAACUACUGACCGUUCCGCCUUACAUAUGCGCAACGAUUGUCCUCCUCAUCUUCGCCACCUGGUCUGAUCAUGUCAAGUUGCGCUCGCCCUUUGUCCUCGCAGGGCUGGUGAUGUGCAUGAUAGGCUUUGCGAUCAACAUUGCCGACGUCCCAGUCGGCGUGAAGUACUUCGGCACGUUCUUCUGCGUGUCUGGAUCCUAUGCCGCCUUCCCGGGUAUCAUCGCUUGGCUGGGAAAUAACUUGGCUGGCCAGUACAAACGUGGUGUCGGCAUGGCGCUGCACAUCGGUAUCGGUAACUUUGGUGGAGCCAUCGCGAGCAACAUAUACCUUUCAAAGGAUGCCCCGCGCUAUGUCCUAGGCCAUGCCCUGGAGCUGAUGUUCGUCGGCAUCGGCUUCAUAUUCCUGCCAAUCACCGUUCUUGCCUAUAAGCGCGCCAACGCACUUAGGGACAAGCAACAGCAAGAGAUGGAAGAGAAAGGCAUCAAGUACAGUGUGGAGGAGCUCCGGAGGCUGGGUGAUCGCGCGCCCGACUUCCGUUACACAUUGUAG